AUGUUUUUAUUUGAUUGGUUCGAAGCAUUUCUAAAUUGGUUGGGAUUCCUCAAGAAAGAAGGUUCUCUGAUUAUCAUUGGACUUGGAAAUGCAGGAAAGACAACACUACUUCAAGUUCUAUCGAAAGAUGUAUUGAAAGCACAUAUGCCAACACAAAGACCUCAUAUGGAUCAUUUUGUUGCAUCGAAUGUUACAUUUAAGGCAUGGGAUCUGGGUGGACAACAAGGCUUGAGAGCACUCUGGAGAAACUAUACUGCUGGUAGCAGUGAUUCCUCGAAACUCAUUGUUAUAUUCAUGGUUGACACAACCGAUCCCCAACAACUGGGUGAAGCCAAAGCUGAGUUACACGAUGCAUUAGAGUAUACAAACGGUGCACCAAUGCUGAUAGUUGGUAGUAAAAUUGAUAGACCAGGAUUGAAUAGAGAACAAUUGAUUCAGGCAUUGGAUUUAAAUAGCCAUAUGUUGGGAUUGAACGAGAAUUCACCACGUAUAAUGGAUGUUUUGAUGGUAUCGUCAGUGUCAAGAAAAGGUGUACCUGAACUUAUGAAUUGGUUAUCAAAAUGUCAUUCAAUAUCCAACAAAUAA